AUGUCGUCUAAUACUGCUACAGGAGUUAUCGCUUCGCAAACAGUUUCCGAUGAUGCAGCAGCUGUUCGUCGAAAAGCAGCUGAAAAAUGUCAAUUAGUUUUAGAAGCCUUACAUGAUUCGUUUAAUGGCUACAAACAAUGUGGUGUUGAUACUAAAGAUACAACAAUGAAAUUACUUUGUGAUAAGACUGCAGCUAGUCGAGCUGAUCUUAUUUCUCAGUUAUCAAAUGUUGUUCGAGUUGAUUUAGGUGUUGAACCAGUAACAUCUGGUUCAGCUUUAGCAGCUGCUCAUCGUACAUGGAUCGAUGUUAAAUCUUGGUUUACUGAUGGUCGAGAUAAAGCAGCAAUUGUUUCUGAAGUUCAUCGUGGAGAAAAUGUUCUUACUAAAUUAUAUGAAUCGGCUAUUGAGGAUCCAGAUAUAACACUUAAAGUUCGAGAUUUUCUUCAUGGACAACUCAAAAUAGUCAAAGAACAAAAUGCAGCAGUCGAUUGUUUAUAA